AUGACUAUCAACGAGCAAACGACGCCCGCCAGCGAGGCCGACUACAGCGCCCCGCCGGUCACCGCCACGUUUGAAGGCUUUCUCUUUGACAUGGACGGCACCAUCAUCGACUCUACAGACGCAGUCGUCAAGCAUUGGCACACAGUCGGCAACGAGAUAGGAGUACCGCCUGAAGUCAUCCUCGAGACGUCCCACGGUCGGCGGAGUAUAGACAUUCUCAAAAUCCUGGCGCCCGAGAAGGCGAACUGGGAGUACGUGCGCCGCAUGGAGGCCGUCCUCCCCAAGCUCUACGGCAAGGACGCCGUCGAGAUCCCCGGCGCAAGGGCGCUGCUCGACGCGCUGAUCCACAGCACCAGCAGCAGCAGCAGCAGCAGCCGCAGUAAUAACGGCGGCGGCGGCGGCGGCGCGGCAGCCCCCUGGGCCAUCGUGACCUCGGGCACCGAGCCCCUCGUGCACGGCUGGCUGGGCGUGCUGGGCCUGCCCGAGCCCGAGCACCUCAUCUCGGCCGAGUCCGUCGAGAACGGCAAGCCCGACCCGGCCUGCUACCUGCUGGGCCUCGACAGGCUCGAGCACCCGCGGGACCGCGCGGCCAGCGUGCUCGUGCUCGAGGACAGCCCCGCGGGCAUCCGGGCCGGCAAGGCCGCGGGCUGCAGGGUGCUGGGCCUGGUCACGAGCCACACGGCCGAGCAGGUCGCCAGCGCGGAGCCGGACUGGAUCGUGCAGGACCUGAGGUCGGUGCGCGUGGUCGAGAGCAAGGGGGGAGCCGUGACGUUGGAGUUCUCCAACGGCCUCGUUGCCAAGGGCCAAUGA